CGCUGAAAUAGACCAAUGCGGGUGGGUGAACCUGCUGUGGCCGCGAUCGGACCAGCGCAGAGAAAUGACAGUCUGUCCAGGAAUUGGGACUAAAUUAUACCCAAAGGACAGGGAUCGAGGAAGGAGCCUGGUUGGGUUAUCGGACAUUCCAUGAUUAUAAUUAAAAUAGGUUUUUAUUAGUUGAUCUACAAGAAGAUUGGGAUCCAAAUGGAGAGGGGAAAGUUGACCUGGUUGCCUUUGAAUGUUGCUCGGUGUUAAUUCUAAUAACCGACGAUGAAAUAACUGUAAAUUGAAAUAUUACCACUACUGGACCUUGAAAUUGAUCUUAACAAUAAAAGAGAAAGGAACCAACUGGGAAGAUAAAGGAAUUACCACUCGAACCAAGCGCGCACGCAUCUAGGGCAGUCCCAUAAACUGUCUUGAGGGGACAAUAAAAAAAUACUGGCUUGCCUUGCAUUGACCGAAAGUGUGCUGAACCUUUAUUUUUUCAAAUAGAAAAUAUUGGGUUUAUGAUACAACAGGCGUUUUGCAAUGAUACUACGUCCAACUGUUUAAUUUGAAGAUAACCGUUUCACUUUCCCUAUAACCUUUUGCAUACCAUGUCUAAAAUGUGCAUCGACUUCGGGGACGGACAGCAAUAUUUAUUCUUAUCCGUCAUAUAAUCCCUGUGCACAGAGUUAUUGUAGGAUUGCACGCGGGCUGUGUCUAUUGUAGUGAGGACCUUCAGCAACUUAUUCCAGAUGGGUUAUUUAUUAUGUACGUGCACCUCAUUUAGUCAUAAUGUAUUUUUUUAUGUUACAUUGUUAUAAUUGUCGUAACACUGGGGUCAGUGAAAGGGGGUUUAUUACUGUGGCAUUAAGUGUUAACAGUUUAUUGUUACAGAAUUAAGACGUUGUUCAAUGCAAGCCAUUGCUGGCUGCAGCCCUCUUAUCCACACAAAAACAAAUGUUUUGGAAUAAAAACCUUUCACCAGUGACCGAACUGGUGGCUUAUGGAAAUCAGAAUGCGUAACCGAGGGAAAAGUUGAUUUUACGCACACUCAGUAGGAAAUUGAAAGUGUACAUGAAUAGGCUCACAGAUGAGAGGCGCUGAGCUCCGCCAAUAUGACGUCGAAAUGUUACGUUAGCAGUUUUUGUAAAUUAUGCGUCACAAUUAGCAAUUACUUCUGCUUUAUUCGACCACAAAUUAGGCCUAAAUGUGAAUCUUUGCUGGUGUACAUCUCCGAUGGUCGCAAGUUGCCAGUGAUCGCUGGCGACCUCACGCUUCUUGUGGGGGUGAAACAGAUCACACAGCACAGACAUCUGAAAAGGCACUUCUAUUGAUGGAGGAAGCUUCAAGACACGGAAAAGAAAGUUGCAUCGGUCCUUUUUUGGUGAUGUAAGCGGAUCGCCAACGAAAAGCAGAAAGCAUGCUGCUGUGAAUUUAAUUACAACUCUUCCAUUAUUGAGUAAAAUACUACAUUUUCCCUCAGUGUUGGAAUACAGAACUGGUUGCAAAAUGCAUGGCUUUUAUGAACAUGUCAGCAAAGUGAUAGCCUAGUCAUUCUCAACCGAGAACAGUGGCCAUUUGCCAGUGCCACCCUUUUUCGUUUUUUGGGUCUUUUUUUAGUAUUGAAAAUGUGGAUGCAAUUGUGAAUUUGUUGCUGUUUCCAUGCGUCUUUCUCCUCCAGACCUCAGGACGUUGUUGUGGAUUGUAUUGCUAUUUAAUGCAAUGGGCUGUAUCCAGAGUAUCAGGUGUAAGCCCAAGAGUUUCCGUGAAAGUAUCAUCGUUCUCGAGGUGAACUCCUCAAUCGACUCCAAUCCAACCAGCAUCGACGAGUCAUCCAACGUGGUUCUGCGCUAUCGGACACCGCACUUCCGAGCCUCUGCUCGGGUACUAGUGCCGCCCAUGGCCUGUAAAGAGACGUGGACUGUUGGCUGGAUCCAAGCAUGCAACCACAUGGAGUUUUACAACAAAUAUGGAACCAAAGGGAUGUCGAGCUGGGAACUCCCUGACCUGCGGGAUGGCAAGAUCCAGGCCAUCAGCGACUCGGACGGCGUCAACUACCCAUGGUAUGGCAACACCACGGAGACGUGCACCAUCGUGGGCCCCACCAAGAAGGACACCAAGUUCACGGUCAGCAUGAACGACAACUUCUAUCCCAGCGUUACGUGGGGCGUGCCUGUGAGCGACAGCAACCUGCCGCAGCUCAGCAGCAUCCGCCGUGACCAGAGCUUCACCACCUGGCUGGUGGCCAUCAAUCAGGCCACGGCCGAGACCCUGGUGCUGCAGACCAUCCGCUGGAGAAUGCAGCUCCACAUCGAGGUGGACCCAGACAAGCCCUUGGGCCAGAGGGCUACGCUGCGCGAGCCCGUGGCCCAGGAGCAGCCCCAUAUCCUGGGCAAGAACGAACCCAUCCCCCCCAACGCCAUGGUCAAGCCCAACGCCAACGACGCUCAGGUGCUCAUGUGGCGGCCAAAGACCGGGGACGCCAUCGUGGUCAUCCCGCCCAAAUACUGACUGACCUCUGGGGGUUAAACGCUCUUCCUCUUCUCCCACUCCUCUACCUACACCUCACUUUUCCUUUCUUCUCCUUUUAACCUUCCCUCAAGCUCCUUGCCUCUAUUUGCCUCUACGUUUCCCACCUCUCCUCUCUUUUUUUGUAAGAAUUGAGCGAGAGAGGGAGAGAGAGAGAAAGUGAAACAAGGACAAGAGCAGCUUGGAGAAAGAGGACACUCAUUGCCUAUAAGUGGGAGCUGAAGCUGACUUUAAAAACAGGAGUGAACAAACUGCAACCAUUCUACCUUCAAACUGGGUCGGGUUUCACUGUGCUAGAUGAAGUAAUUGCAAAAAAACAACAGAAACUGCAUUUUUGGUUCAAUUUUUUGGAUUGAGGAGUGUGUGUGGGUUGAAAAAAUAACAUAGUAUUUAUGUUCAUGUUUAUGUACAUGGUACAUACAUGUAUAUGCACAAAGUUUGCGUAUACCAGUUGUGUAUUUAUUUAUGGGCUGGGAGAGAGUGCAUUUUUUGUGAAAAAGCGCUAUUCUGUGCUCUACAUGAGGGAUACGUGAAUACGAACCACAUCGGGAUGACAUGUCAUUUUAGUACUUUUUUAAACAUGCGAGACAUUCAAUCCUAGCUGCCUUAAGUUUGCAUCGCUUUCCACUGCAAACUUUUAGCCUUUAAUCAUGUGCAAUGCAAUAUUCCUUAACAUGUCUUGUCUCUUCUUCCAUCCAGACUGUUGGUGCUGUUGUGUGUGGGUUUAGGAACGGAACAGUGGCACCAGAGUGCAAAUGAUACUGUGACAUUUUUUUAUGGGCCUAAUAGUAAAGAAAUGUAAAAAAUAUAUUACCUUUUAAUGUGGAAUGAACACAACCAGUCAUGAUGGUUUUAUCUGAUUGUCAAACAAAUCACUUCAAAAAGUAGGUUACCUGCACACCAAAAUAAUUCCAGCAUCCCAAACAUGUGCACCCAUUUGAUAUAUGGAAAGAGGCAUCUGUUACAAAACACCAAAAAGUGUGAAUUGAAGCCUGAAUUAAUUGAUGCUGACGAAAUGACCUUUUUUGUAGAAAGAAAAGUCGGGACACAUGGAUUUCUUUUUUUCUUUCUUUUUUUUAACCAUGACACAGAGGUGGGGCUGUUAUUUUCAUAUUUACCACUGUAGCAUGACACAUUGCAUUUUAAACAAAUAGGGGAAUGGUUAAAUUAGCAUUAUUUACGGGGUUACGGGGAACCAAAAUGGGUCUUAAUACUGUUAGAACCCUUUUUCUACCACAGAACAUACAGAGAAAAAUCAUUCAAACAAACCCUUUCAAAAUGCCAGUUAGCUCAUCUCAUCACUGCAAUCGCACACGUUAUGUUUGGCAGUGUAAAAGGUUUUCUGACAACAUUCACUCCCAUUGAGAGUGACAUUCAGCUGACAUUCAGAUAGACAGCUAGGGUUGUCAACAACCUCCCUUUACAGAGAGAAAACUGUCUUUCAUCAUGUUAUCUUUCAUUUUAUUUAUCACCACUCCCUCCAUCUCAGGGCCCCUGUCAAUGUCAAGUGUUUGUGUCACACACACCUCCAUCGCUCCAUCCAUCCAUCCAUCCCUCUGCAUUUCUUCUCUCCUCGCUACAGCUGUCAGAAGAGAGGGGCAAGCUACCACCUAAUCAAUAUUGGUAUUAAUAAGCAAUCAGAGCAAGCAGCAGCCAGGGGAAAUACUGUGCGUUUCAAAUCCCGGGGCAAUAAGAAAGCAUUCCUCCAUGCGAUGCUAUGGGAGAUAAAUCAUCUUGGCUUUAGGGUCCUUGUGUGUGAAUCCACACGAGGGGGGCUCUGCAGAGGUUAACUGGAUGUAGCCCACUGCCCUCCCUCUCUAUUCUCUCUUACUGUAGGUCCCCCCGCUCCCCUCACCCUCUCUCUCUCCACUUCUGAUGUUCGUCCCCGUUCACCCUCUCUCACCCUGUCCGCACUUUCUCCUCUCUCUGAUCCAUCUGUCUCUCUGCUCCCCUCGAUCUGUCUCUCUACUUCCUCCAUCCCUCCCUCCACCCUGUCCUCUGUCUUCCUUGUGUGGAGGAAGGGCAGGCAGCAGUAGGCAUGCGAGGCUCAGCCUGGCAUAUAGAUGACCCACUUCUGGGGUUGCCACUGCCAGUUGUAGCCCGCUGCAGAAAUGUGUUGCUUUUUUUCCCCUCCUCUCGCAGGGAUAACGCACAGAACCCCGGCUAGCUAAAUACCUCCAUAAAUGAGACGAUGUCCAGUCAUUCGUUUAUCCGUGGGAAGGGCGGCUUUACCCCAGGCUGAAAUCUCUCUCAUGGAGGAGGGAUGGAGGGGGUGAGGUAGAGGGAUGACUGGAGGGCAGAAUUUGGCAUCAGGGUUUUUAUCUCCUUAUCACAUCAUCAACGACAACAACAAUGAGCUAAAAAAAUGGAACAGGGACUGAUGUUUGUGUUUUGUAACACUGGGGUCAAGCUGCCAUUUUGAAGUGGUUGAGAAAACAGCAUCUCUGCUUUUGUCACUGAUGGUAUUGUUUUAGUAUUGAUGUUAUGCCACUUAUUCUGUUUUGAUAUUUUAUGGAGGCAAAGCUUUCUUGGUAGAGGAAUAAUAUUACCAUCAAAUGCCACUCAUUAUUUCGACCUACUGCUGACAGGUCUUCGUGGUUUGGUUCAUUUCAAAUUAAACUCAAAUCUGUUGACGUCUCCACCAAAUAUUGAUCUUAAUUCGACGUUGAUCUGACAUCUUUGCCUUAUGAGAAAAGACAGAGCAGCCAGUGUGUAGCAGCUGAACAGAAUGAAAAAAGAGACAGGGCUAGGAAACUAGAUAGACUAAUAGCCUCGCCAAACGAGAUCUUCAAUAUGAUAGCUAUGAUACAGUAUAUUGCAGUUCUCCAUUGUUAUAAUUACAUUUAUAAUAGCCUAAUCGGACGGCCCUCGUUGUCCUGCCCCUGCUCUGGACUCAAUCAUAUGGGCUGAGGGAGGGAGGGGGGGACUGGUGGGGGGAAGUGCUGCCAUUAUUAGAUCUGCUGUGAAAUACUGAGCCCCCUUUAGAUGCACUGUGUUGGGCUGUGCCAAGGCUGACCGGAGUGAUAUAUGAUGGGCUCUUGGAGCUAGAGGGCAAAGGUCAGUGUUAGAGGGAGUGGGGCACACACACACUUGUCAUAAGACAGCAGGGACAGAGGCCCCCGGGGGCGGUCUCUCCUUGCAUGGAAUCAGAUCGUCACUACAUUACACUGGGACCGAGUGUGAACAGCUAAUUGGCAGAGCACGUGGCCCCCAGCAAAACACACACAUGAGAGAGGGAGGUCACAGGGGAGACGAUUGCCUCAAUGUGUGUCUGAUUCUGACCGUGUUGUUAUGUGCUACUGAUGAGGCCAUCUCAUAAUGUACAAGUGCUUCCUCGAAAAACGCCUCUAACUGAGUUCUGUUUUUAAAAAUGGACAUUUACAUAAACGUUCUUAUGAGAUUACGAUGCUAUCACUGAACGAGUGGAAUUCAUGGACUUCAUGUCUCACCUUCUGGGGUUGUGCUACUGAGUAGAGCCUUCCUUUCCUAAACCCACAGCUCCUAGUUCUGAGGGCUCCCACCUUUUCUAUGGAUCUUUAUGUAAAAGAGUCCUGUAAACAGUCCAGCCACACUUCAUUGACCAGCAGAAAAGGUUUAGCUUUUAGUUCAACCAAUAACAGGCCCAAGCUCACUCACAGGAUCACCCUCCAUUGUUUCCUAGCCUUUACUAUUGGCUUACCCCAUGUAAACAAAAGAGUUGAUUGGAUAUUCCAUUUGUCUGUCCAUCUUACCAUUCGCUCCCUCCACCUCUGACUAGGUUUUCAGUAGAGUAGCCCUAUGACUAACUGUAGCAGAUUAUACACAAUUGGCUAUGUAUUUCUCAUUUCUUUGGGUUUGUCUUCUGAAAAAUAUCUAAUAUAUUUCACAGCACUGAAACAAAAAUACAGAAUGUUUUUUGUUUUUUAGCUUUGUCAUUGACACUGAUACUCGAUACUUGAAAAAAGAACAGUACUGGCAAAUAUUUAAAACUGUGAAAAUGCACAAUGUUAAAAAAACAAUACAGAAAAUAACAAGUGGUAUUUUUCAUGAAUAAAUAAAAAUGUGCAAAUGUUA